CCUCCUUUUUUACCCUCUUGUCCCAUUUUACCCUCACCUGUUCCCUUUAGAUGAUGUAUCCUUUCAGACAUUUCACUUAUUACCAUAUGACCACAGGUGAGUGCUGCAUUACCAGCUCUUGCACAUCUCAUUCGGUUAGAUGACAAGGAACUCUUGGCUUACACGUGCUGGGCGCUGGUGUAUCUCUCUGAUGGUUCAAAUGAAAAAAUACAAGCCGUGAUUGAAGCCAAUGUUUGUGCUCGACUUAUUGGUCUUUCGCCAUCGUUCGCAUUCAGUUGUCAUUCCCGCUCUUCGCACCAUUGGCAAUAUUGUAACCGGAAAUGAUAGCCAAACUCAGCAUAUAAUUGAUCUUCAAGCGCUCCCAUGCUUGUUAACUCUUCUAAGGGGAUCCUAUAACAAGACCAUCAGGAAGGAAGCUUGUUGGGCAGUCUCUAAUAUCACAGCUGGUUGUCAAUCACAGAUUCAGGCUGUAUUUGAUGCUGAUAUCUGA